AUGGAUUUACUUGACGUUGCAAAAAAAUUCAAUGCAGGAAAACAUCAUUCAACUCGUAAUGAUGAUGUAUUUAUCGAUCGUCUAAAUCAUCGUUACACCGUAACAGCCAUUAUAUUUUUUGCUGCAGUUGUCACAACUCAACAAUAUUUUGGAUCACCGAUAAAUUGUUGGGUUCCAGCACAAUUUACGGGAAGUUAUGAAAAAUAUGCCAAUGAUAUAUGCUGGAUAAUGAACACGUAUUAUGUACCAAUGAAUGAUGAUAUACCACAUGUGGAAACAAGACGAUAUGAAAGAAUGUUAAAGUAUUAUCAAUGGUCACCAUUUAUUUUAAUGUUUAUGGCAUUCUGUUUUUAUUUUCCUCGUAUGUUAUGGCGUUCAUUAAAUAAUAAAUCCGGUCUUGAUAUUGAAAAAUUAGUUGAUGCUGCUAUGAAACAAGAACAAGCCGAUCAACAUGAAAAGAAACAAGAUACAAUUAAGUAUAUUGUUGGUUCAAUUCAGCAUUAUGUUAAACAUCGUUAUAAUUAUCGUUCACCAUCCGCACAAUAUUCUUCAGUAAAAAGUAGACAAUCAGAGAAUAUGGGAAAAAAAUUAGGUCGAAUUAUUUUUUUUUGGACAAGUCGUCGUUUAAGUUGUUAUUUAGUUCUAUUAUUUACAUUUGUUAAAAUAUUAUAUUUAACAAAUUCUAUAAUACAAAUAUUUUUAUUAAAUGCCUUUCUUGGUAAUGAUUAUCAUUUAUUCGGAAUUGAAGUAUUAAAAAAAUUUGUUCGUGGUCAAGAUUGGGGUGAGAGUAAACGUUUUCCACGAGUGACAUUAUGUGAUUUUCAUAUUCGAGAAAUUGGUAUUGUACAUCGGUAUACGGUACAAUGUGUAUUACCAAUUAAUUUAUUUAAUGAAAAAAUAUUUUUAAUUCUAUGGUUUUGGAUUCUAUUAUUAGCUGCAUUUAAUAUUGGUGAUUUAUUAGCGUGGCUUGGACGUCUCAUUCGUGCUGAUAAUCGAACACAUUAUGUACGUAGAAAAUUAGCAAUGAACCGAUCAACAGAUGGUGAUAUAAAUACUAGAACAGAUAAUGACAAAGUGUUAAUAAGAGAAUUUGUUCAAGAGUAUUUACAAGAAGAUGGUUGUUUUGCAUUACGUCUAUUAGCACGAAAUGGACAAGAUUUAAUUGUUGGCGACAUAGUGAGAGAAUUAUAUACUCAGUUUGUUGUAGAGAAAGAAAAAUAUAGUACGAAUAUGGAUCAUUUACACACAGGGCAAGAAGAGUCAUCAUUUUACACAUCAAGAAAAGUUCCACCUAGCCAGACAACAAUGGAAGAUGGUUACGAUCAGCAGAAAGAAGAACGAAAGCACAUUUUUUCAAAGUAG